CUGGUCCACACAUGCCACGGACCCAUGGACAACUACCAGGGGUCCGGGUUAGGCAGCGCUGGGAUUAGGUAGGUCUCUGAGCCUCCAGAGGUGCCAAUCAGCCCACACGGCGCUCACCCACGCUGUCUCCCGCGCCGCCAGAGGUGAUCGUCCCGUGUCUAGUGGGACUUUGGGGCAAGCCUCCGAUGUCAUCUUUGUCCUUGCCCAACUGCCAGAGUGCCCGGUCAGCGUCAAGCGGUAAGCCUGAGACCUGAGCAAUCGAAGAUUCGCCCACAACCUCCCUGGGAUCUCAAAGCCCCAGGGCGGCCUGCCCCGGCUUGAAACCAACGGUUGAGAGGCCUAGGGAUUCCCCUGAUUGGACUUGUGCGUCGUUGGCGCGCUUUACCUUGACCUAAGCCAGUAGCCAACGUUGCAACUGAGCUCAUUGUUUGUCUCUCCCUGGACAAGGGAGGCGAACAGGGCUCCUUGAUAGCAAAAUCAUGGUAAAUCGUCAUGGCUCGGUUGCACGACCUCAUCUGCCGUCCUACUGUUACUGUUAAUGCCACGAGAGUACUUUGGAUACAGUCUCUGGACAAGAUCAAAUUGUAUCCAUCAGUCUCAUAACACUCGCAUCGACCUACACAGGAGUACAUUUCAUAAGUGUACAGGAUCACUACCGCCGUUCCAUCUGCGCCACACUCGCCGCAUGUGAUAUUGUAUGGAGUGUCUCAGUUGCUAGGAAACGUCCCCAACGUUCACCGAAUGGCCUCAGCCGACGUUCAAUAUCUUGACCCUGAGCCGCUUGCCACACCUGCGAUCGCAUCUUCUCAGUCGCCAGGUCGCCCUCGCCGUCGGAAUACGGACAAUGACAGUACGCGCUCAUCUCGAGAUGUCUCACCACGCAGCGAUGCAUCACAGCGACGGAAUUCUGCUUUUCUAGAAGUUGGACUUGGCGGUGAAGACACGAUUGUUGAUGCCAAACUCAGAAAAGAGCCGCGACAUGUUCGGUUUCGCAACGAAGUCGAUUUUGUUGAACCUGAGCCCGUCGAACUCAGCGACGAAGCCUCCAUGGGAAAGGGCCCCCGUGCCGCAAUGCCGCUCUAUUUUCCCACCUUACCAAGGCUACUAUUUCUUGCCCUGGUGGUCGUCCUAGUUAUCCCCAGUCUACACACGGCUCCUCUCUCGAAAGUGGAUGCUAAUCCGGUAGGGGCAAGAGGCGGGCAAAGAGAAGAUACGAAGGCACUCCGAGGCACGAAACGAAGCGUAUCCUCGGGCAAUAUUAAGAGAGACAAUAGUCCGACCGAAGUUUGCAAAAGAUGGUCACAACAAAGUGCAGUGGUCAAUGGCACAUUAUAUCUAUAUGGCGGAAGGGCUACCACGACUUCGGAUCAGACCCAAAAUACAUGGAAUAACGAUUUCCUUGCGAUCGAUUUGACCAAGUCCUGGCAAAUAUCGUCGCCGUCACUAACGGGCCUUCCUGUCCCCAGUGGGCCACCUGCAGUGUCUUUGGGAUACUUGUGGAACUCCUUUGACGCCCUGUACCUGUACGGUGGCGAGUUCUCCGACUCUCCUGUUGAGACCCCUGUGCCGUUUUCGACCUGGGCGUAUGACAUCUCCUCAUCGACAUGGUCAGAGUUACAGAACCCGAAGACGAGCGCUGGAACGAACUCAGAACCCGCCAAUCAACCUGUCCAACGUGCUGCCGAAGGCGCAGGGGUUUCCAUCCCAGGUCUGGGUCGAGGGUUCUAUUUUGGCGGACAUCUAGACGGGUACACGACUCCUGGAUGGUCGCAGUCUAUUGCACGAGUCUACAUCAAAGGGCUUCUAGAGUACACGUUUCCGGGAUACAGCAACGCGGCUGUCGACGGUAACCACGUCGCAGGGAAUUCUGGUAUCUAUCGCAACGUCACCCAAGGCGGCACGCAGGAUUCGGCUGGGUUCCCAGAACGUGCAGAUGGUCUCCUCGUUUACGUGCCCGGCUAUGGCAAGUCCGGCAUCAUUAUCGGACUGGCCGGCGGCACGAACUCGACGUUCACUCAAAUGAAUGUGAUCGACGUCUAUGACAUCGACACGUCCACAUGGUACAAACAAGCAACAGCGGGGCCGACGCCCGGCAUUCGAGUCAAUCCCUGUGCGGUAGCAGUGUCCGCGGCAGACGGUAGUUCGACCCAGGUGUACAUGUACGGAGGACAAAACCUGAUCCCAGCGGGCCAGCAAACUCAAUACGACGACAUGUGGAUUCUGACCAUUCCAUCGUUCACGUGGGUCCAAGUCAACACAUCGAACCAAGCGACACCGCCCGCUCGAGCAGGUCACACAUGCAACGUGUGGAAUUCUCAAAUGGUCGUGGUCGGCGGAUACACAGGGCAAGAACUGUCGUGCGAGAGUCCCGGGAUCUACGUGUUCAACACCAGCUCGCUCACAUGGCAAAACGACUACUACGCCCUGCAGACCAAGGACGACCUGAACCGCCAAAAAUCCCAACAAGACGACCCGUCGGCACUGCAGGGUUCGUACGGAUACGCUGUUCCCCCAGCAGUUCAGUCCGUCAUUGGCGGCAACGCCGUCGGCGCCGCGACCGUCACGGCCCCUGCCCAGACAGCAAGUCAAGGUCCGCUGGCGACAGGCAGUCCUAUAACCUAUACGGUCACGGGCGCCGACGGAUCCGUUGCAACUGAAACUGCGGUGCCGGGCAGUGGAAGCAGUAGCAAUGGUGGUGGUGGUAACAACAAUAACAAAGGUGGCAGCGGUGGUAGUGGUACAAACAUUGGCGCCAUCGUCGCCGGCGUCAUCGCAGGCUGUCUGGCCAUCCUGGCCGCCUACCUCGGCUUCUGCGCCUGGCUGUACCGCAAACAACUGCAAAUCUACAAGAACCACACCUCCAUGGCUCAGCGGCAACAACUGUCCGGCGACCCGCGCUAUAUUGGGGCUGGCUUCGUGCCCGCCAAAUACUCCGACAAGGACAAGAGUCAGACCACUGGCACGGGCACGGGCGGCGACUCCCGCAACAGCGCUGACAACAGAAGCGGCAAUGGAAGCAGCAGGGGGGGAGCAGGAGGACAGCCGCAUCUCGCCUCCAACAAUCCUUACAGGAACGCCACCGCCGGCGGCUCGGCCACUGCCGCCAGCAGCACUGAAGAUCUCAUGGCUGGUCAUGAACCUAGUUUCUUGGGUGUCGUGUUGAAUCCGAGACGGAGCUUGAGGGUUGUGAAUAGGGAUUAAUGAGUGCUUAAUAGUUUGGAUUGUUUCGGAGUCGAAAGUGCGUGCUUCUCGGACGAGAAUCGACACCACACAAACAGCGCGAGGAGAAUUGAGGUUUGGUUUAUUAUAGCGAAAACGGGAUAUGGAAUUGGAAUUGGAAUUGGACAUGGCGACGGGAGUCGGAAAUGGAAACGGCCAGCUCUCAUCCGCCUCUGUACCUACCUACCUAUGCUUUUAACGAGUCUACUACUACUAUUAGUAACUACUUACUACUCUAUCCCAGCCACAUACUCUCGUAAAUAUAUACCUUGUGUACCC